AGUUGAUUAGUGAAAAAUACAAAGCUUGAAAUGAAUAAGGUUAUGUCUACUACAAAUGUUAUAGCAUUUAUUAAAUUAUUAAAAGUCAAUGAUGAAAUUACAAAAUUUUCAACUAAAUUUCUACAUACACAAUUCCGAAUUCUAUUUUCAAAGGAAAACGACACAACCGAAAGUCCAAGAAUGCGUGAAUUUAGAAAAAAAUUAAGAGAACGUACACCUAUAGAAAAACUGGAAGAAUUAGAAGAAGGUAAACAUCCUUAUCAAGAAAAAGAACCAUUAAAGCCAUUUCCAAAUAAUACUAAUCCAGAAACAGGUGAAAUAGGAGGUCCACGUGGACCAGAACCAACACGAUAUGGUGAUUGGGAAAGGAAAGGUCGUGUAACAGAUUUUUAG